AUGACAACAUCCGCGCCGCUCGAGUUUUACGAUCUCGUCCCACAGCCCGGCGGACCGUUCUUCUCGCCAGCCACCACGCGCACCCGACUCGCGCUCUUGCACAAGGGUUUCCCCUUCAAGGUCACGGAACUCACGUAUAAGGAUCUUCGAACCGGGCCGUACCGCGACCUCGCUGGCGCCGGCGAUGACGGCGUCGUGACCGUGCCGUUCAUCAAGCGUCCGGACGGCACGUACUUGCGCGAUAGCCUGGCCAUCAUGCGCUGGCUCGAUGAAGCGUAUUCGGAGAAGCCAUCCGUUGUGGCACCCGGUGAUGCUGGCUCGGAGGAUGAUCGACCACAUGGUCGCGACGACGCCCGUGUACUCGACCGUGAGCAUGCCGGCCGCAAGGUGCGCAGACUCCUCCAGCGUGUCCGCAUCUCCAACCGCAGUCUGACAAGCCGACAGGAACGCGAGCUCUGCGUUGUUGGCAGCAGUGCCCAUGAGCUCUGCGAGGGUCAACGGGCCGUUGUAGAGAUGGAAUGCUCUGCGUAG